AUUUGGAUGGAUGUUAUCACACUCAGGGAGUCAAGGCAAUCAGUGAACACGGCAACGGAAUCACGCUGCUGGAUAACAUAAAGCAACGUUAUAGAGAAUGGAUGACACAUGGAUUACCUAAACAUAUAUUCUAUUGACUGAAGUUGAAUUUCAGCAGAAACCCCUAUGGUUUGGUUUCAGUGCAGUAAGUCGUUUUACCAGUCCAGGUGAACUCGAUCCGUCUUCUUCGAUUUCUUUUAAACUUCAAAUUGAAGCAAUGGGAUCAAAAACGGAGCUUGGAUACUGUUUCUUUGUAGUAUUCAUAUAUUCUCUCAUAACCAGGUGUCGAACGAAUACGGGAAAUAAUAUCACAGUUGCGGUAAUGCUUCCCGACAAUUACCACACGUAUCCCUGGGCUUUGCCUCGGGUUUUCCCUGCAAUUCUCAUGGCGAAUGAGAAUCUCCAGAAGAAGCACGGACUUCUCCAAGGCCACUCUAUUCAACUCUUGAAUUUCAGUACGGAGGAUUCAACCGGUGUUUGCGCUGAAAAUAAGGCACAGAUUAUCGCUGUAGAUACCAAACUUUAUAAUAACCCAGAUGCUUUCUUUGGACCUGGGUGUGUGUAUUCAGUCGCCUCAGUUGGAAGAUUUGCAUCCCACUGGAAACUCCCAUUGAUUACUGCGGGAGGACCAGCAUAUGGGUUUGAUAACGGGGAUGAGUACAAAACGAUUGUGCGCACCGGACCCUCCACCACGAAACUGGGAGAAUUUGCUUACAUUAUUCACACGCACUUUAAUUGGACCACUCGUGCCAUUCUGAUUUUCCACGACUUGAAAAAAGAUGACCGACCACACUACUUCCUCUCUGAAGGAAUUUACGUUGUUUUGAAGGAGGAAAAUAUCACAGUUUAUUCAUUGCCAUAUCAAGAUUCACCAACGUAUAAUUAUAAAGAAAUAAUUAAUUCCAUGAAAGACCACGGAAGAAUUGUGUAUAUAUGCGGCCCUCUGGACACGUUUCUGAGUAUCAUGAAGAUUUUUCAGAGUGACAUUCCAGAUCCUGAGAACUACGCCAUCUUCUAUCUCGACGUGUUUGCUGAAAGCCUAACAGAGCGCAAACCCUGGCAGAACAAUGAUAGCCUUUGGGUUGAUCCAAUCAAGGUUUUCAAGUCUGUGUUUGUUAUGACAUACAGGGAGCCUGAUAAUCCAGAAUACAAAGACUUUCAAGAUGAGCUUCACAUUAGAGCUCAAAAGGACUUUGAUGUGAACAUAGAACCUUCACUGAUGGAUUUCAUUGCUGGCUGUUUCUAUGAUGGCUUUGUGAUGUACGCUCAAGCCUUGGAAGAGACGCUGGCCGAGGGUGGCUCCCAGAAUGAUGGGAUCAACAUCAAACAGAGGAUGAAAAACUUCAGAUACUGGGGGGUUACAGGACUUGUGACCAUGGACAAAAACAAUGCCAGGAACACUGAUUUCAAUCUCUGGGCAAUGACAAACCAGGAAUCUGGAGAAUAUGGGCUUGUGGCCCAUUACAAUGGAACUAACAAAGAGAUAAUUUGGUCUUCAACGGAGAGGAUUCAUUGGCCCAAAGGGAGCCCACCUCUGGAUAACCCACCGUGCAUUUUCUCUUCUGAUGACCCCAGCUGUGCUGACACUCUUCCAGUGCUGGGGACUUGUAGCUUGGGUCCUGGUUUAGCCCUCAUCAUUUUUGGAAUAUCCAGCUUCCUUAUUUACAGGAAACUGAAGCUGGAGAAGGAGCUGGCUGGAAUGCUUUGGAGGAUAAAGUGGGAGGACCUGCAGUUUGAGAGCCCCAACAAAUACCCCAAAAAAGCAGGCAGCCGUCUCACCCUAUCUCAGAGAGGCUCCAGCUACGGUUCCUUGAUAACUGCCCAUGGAAAAUAUCAGCUUUUUGCUAAAACUGGCUAUUUUAAGGGCAACCUGGUGGCCAUCAAGCAUGUGAAUAAGAAGAGAAUCGAGCUGACCAGACAAGUGCUGUUUGAGCUCAAACACAUGAGAGAUGUGCAAUUCAACCAUUUAACCAGAUUUAUUGGAGCCUGCAUUGAUCCUCCUAACAUCUGCAUAGUGACAGAAUAUUGUCCCAGAGGAAGUCUUCAGGACAUUUUGGAGAAUGAGAGCAUCAAUCUUGACUGGAUGUUCCGCUAUUCACUCAUCAACGACAUAGUCAAGGGAAUGAACUAUCUACAUAACAGCUACAUUGGCUCCCAUGGAAAUCUGAAGUCAUCUAAUUGUGUGGUGGACAGUCGAUUUGUUCUGAAAAUUACAGAUUAUGGCCUGGCCAGUUUCCGUUCUUCAUGUGAAAAUGACGACUCACACGCACUCUAUGCAAAGAAGCUGUGGACGGCCCCAGAGUUGUUAAUUUACGACAGACAUCCCCCACAAGGCACCCAGAAAGGAGAUGUGUAUAGUUUUGGCAUCAUUCUCCAGGAGAUAGCCCUGAGGAACGGACCUUUUUAUGUGGAGGGCAUGGACCUAAGCCCUAAAGAGAUAGUGCAGAAGGUGCGUAACGGCCAGAGGCCUUACUUUCGGCCCACCACAGACAACAGCUGCCACUGUGAGGAGUUGACCAUCCUAAUGGACGGUUGCUGGGCUGAAGAUCCCGCUGAGCGGCCGGACUUCAGCCACAUAAAGAUUUACAUCACCAAACUGAACAAGGAGGGCAGUACCAGCAUUCUAAACAACCUGCUGUCCAGAAUGGAACAGUACGCCAACAACCUGGAGAACUUGGUGGAGGAACGAACACAAGCCUAUCUGGAGGAGAAAAGAAAAGCAGAAAAUCUACUUUACCAGAUCUUACCACACUCUGUAGCAGAGCAGCUAAAGCGAGGGGAGACCGUCCAAGCAGAGGCAUUUGACAGUGUCACAAUCUACUUCAGUGACAUUGUGGGCUUCACGUCAAUGUCAGCUGAGAGUACACCACUGCAGGUGGUGACAUUACUCAACGAUCUCUACACCUGCUUUGAUGCCAUCAUUGAUAACUUUGAUGUAUACAAGGUGGAGACCAUUGGGGAUGCAUACAUGGUGGUGUCAGGACUCCCAGUCAGGAAUGGUAAACUCCACGCCAGGGAAAUCGCUGGAAUGUCCUUAGCCUUACUAGAACAGGUGAAAACAUUCAAGAUUCGACACAGACCCCAAGACCAGCUACGGCUAAGAAUAGGAAUCCACACAGGACCAGUUUGUGCUGGGGUGGUGGGUCUGAAAAUGCCCAGAUAUUGUUUAUUUGGGGAUACUGUCAAUACAGCAUCUCGGAUGGAAUCUAAUGGAGAGGCCUUGAGGAUCCACCUCUCCUCAGCCACCAAAGAAGUGCUGGAUGAAUUUGGCUAUUUUGAUCUUCAAUUACGAGGCGAUGUUGAAAUGAAGGGCAAAGGUAAAAUGAGAACCUAUUGGCUUCAGGGCGAGAAGACGGAUGUGUACGUUAUCUAAGAUGUCUGUUGAUAGCGUGUCACCACAGUGGAGCCGAACACAGAGUCCACUUCAGUGCAACGGCCAGCUAUUCCUUUAUUUGUUCUAGAAUAAGUCCUAAAGGUGAUUCCCUCCUAUAAAGCGGAACAACAGUAUUUACUGAAUUAGAACUUUUCGGAAAAGAAAGGAUGUUUAAUGGUAUGUUUAAUACCUGUGUACGGUUACUGCAAAAACCUGUAAAGAUGUUUUGUAUGGAAACUCUUACUGUCCUGAGAGUGAGUACUUUUCCAUGAUGAUAAAUUCUUAUUUUUUGUGCUUUCUAUAUUAAGAUUUGUAUAAUGUGUUUGGAAGUCAAUGAUGUAUUCAUAUUUCCAUACAGUGUUCAUAAUGGAUGGGGACACAGUGUAAUGAUCAAUGUCAAGGCGGAGGUCCACAGUGGGGUUAUACAGUAGAAGAUGAUAUAUGUAUAUAUGUAUAUCCAAGAUAUUGUGAAAUAUUUUGUUCAAUAAACUAUGUAAAAUACAACUGUA